UCCCAGCACCCCGCUCAGCACCAGCAGACAGGAGUGGGCCACCCCACCAGUCGCUCUUUCAUUUCCACCCAUUCCUUGCCCCCGUUAAGGAGGGUUAAGCACAGCUUGCCUACUUCCCCAGGGCUGCUGAUCUUGCUGAUGUCCUCUGCUGCUCCACCCGUGCCUCCAGUUCCUGGCAGCCCCCUGUCAGACGGCGAGUACCAGCUCUUCUUUGCCAGCCUGCAGCCCCCCUGGAAGGCAGAGGUGUCCUGCCUGCUGCGCCAGACACAUGGCUGCCUCAGCCCUGCCAUCCUGCAGCUGGACCAGGAGGAGAACCACGGCCGUGUCCCCAAAGGGCCAGUCUGCUCUGACUUCCCAGAGGCACCGUGGUUUCAGACCUUCUGCCAGUUCGCCCAGUACCGCUGCUUCAAACGCCAGCUCUACGCCAAGCGAAUCCCAUGUCUGAGUUUGUCUCCUCCAAAAAACCUUCUCCUCCCGAUGGAGCGACCCCACGCUGUGGGCUCCUGGGCAAGGGGUGAAAGCUCCCCUACAGAAGAAGCUCCAGGGCAGGCUUCUCUCUCGUCCACUGAUGCCCUGCUGCGCACCAAUGUGGAUGCCCUCCUGAAGUACUCCUACGCACUGUCGAGUCAGGAACUGCUGCCGAGGAAGCUCCCCCUGGCCAAGCCAGGGGUGCCAAGACCCCCGCAGGACAGGGAGCUGCCUGUGUUCCCACCAAUUCUGCCAGUCCCGGCUGCCCCUGCCCCCUUGCCUUCCAGGCUGGGAUCUCCUGCCAAGGCAGAGCAAACCUGGGAGCAACGCCUGCAGAACAGCGUCUGGCAGCUGAUCCACUUGGCCCUCUCCUUGGAGAUGUCCCUGGGCACCAAGGACUCUUCUCCGGACCUCAGCACCAAGUCAGACCCAGGGACCACGUCAGGCAGUGCCGAGGAGGGGGUGCAGGAAGCAGACCCCCAUGGCAGCCUUUUAGCCCUGAAGAAGGACGAGGCAGUGAUGAUCCUGUGCUUUGCAAUACUGGAGGGAAACUGUCUCUCAUCAGUGGUCACACAGGCCUGGAAGGAGAUGGAAGAAAGAGUCCUUGGGUUCGGAGAUUCGGUGUGUGACAGCCUCGGGCGGCGGCACAUGGACCUGUGUCCUGACUGUGCUUUCUGCUCGCUAAAGAGGGAGCAGUGUCAGAACAUCAAAAACCUGAACCGUGUUCACUGUGAGACAGGCAGCUUCAGCACCUACAUCAACCCUCAGAUCUCAGCCCAGCACCAGGCUGCAGGCAACAAGACCAGCUCCUUAGAGUACUAUAGCAUGAAGUUUUUCAGAGGGCUGAGGGCUGAGUACUGGUGCAGCCAGAUAGCCACCCACGGCUGUGAGGACCCUCGUGUGGCCCUCUGGCUGAAGGCAGAGUACACCGCCUCACAAUACAGAGAUGCCCCGAGCCAGAUCUGUGACUCAGGUGGAGUUCAGCACCCCAGCUACUGCGCGUUCAAGAGCCACCAGUGUUUGCAGCAGAGCCUCUACAACCAGAAGGUGUCUCGCCACGACUGCCACAAAAACGAGACCUACCGGGUGCUGAGUGAGAAGGAGGGAGAGGAGGAGGUGUUGCUGUGGCACCAGAGAUUCCUCAGCCUCACCACAGGGUGAUGCAGGAUAGCAGGGGGAUGCAUGGGAAGUGAAGGCCUCCAGAGCAGGCUCUCUGGGGCUGUGGUGAGGCAGAGAGUCUGGAUAGACCUCAACAGUUCUUCCCAGACCCCUUGCUGGCCAGCCAGCUCAUUAUGGCCAGAUUUCCCCCUGUGAGCACCUGCUCUGCUCCAGCACACCAGGACGGGAGCCUCACUCAAUAGCGUUUCACCGUGGCGCCUGCUGGAACUCCCUGUGAAAACAUUUUCUCCAGCCAGAGGAGCAGCUGAGCAUCAGAGAAAGCAUCAGCCCUGGGAACUUGGAUUUAGAGCCACUGGUGCAAGCGUCCUUGUCUGAAAUCCCCGGCCAUCUCUUGCCUCCCUCUCCCUGCAGGCUUGUACCAGUCAGUA